AACAGUGGUCAUACAAGCUGAACAUGAACUCUGCUCCACCGUAAACUCAUUAUUAUUGUAAGGAGUCACGUAGAUAGUGUGUGUUGAGUAUAAAAUAGUACAGUACGUGUGUGAAGAUGAAGGCCUAUAGUUUGCUGUGUUUAAUAUUUCUACUCCCUGUCACAGUUAUUGGACAAACGACACCAGAUCCAAGUUGUGUAACAGUAGAUGACUUUGAAGUGUGCACAGGAACUGCAUAUACAUGCAAUGCUGAGAAAAGCAAAUGCUACUGUAAGGACAAGAAACCUUUCUGUAGGUGUAACAACUACAUAGACAAGUGGUACAUAGGGGAGAAGUGUGACUUUGAGUGGACCAUAUUGAACUUUGCCCUGGUAUCAUCUCUACCAGGACUGGCCCUGGCUGUUAUUGUUGGUGUGAUGGUCCAGUGUGUUCAUUACUUAAGGAAACCAGCAAAGAAACAAAAGGAUCGGACAAYGAGUUACACAAACUAUGCAAUGUCACCGACAACAUAUUAUGAAAAUAAYCAAGAUGACAUGUUCUCCAACACAGUGUUUGCCUCAGACAUGCCGAAUCGGCCAAAGCCCCCCAGUGUCCAGCCCACCCAGGAGAGGUUUCCCAUAUCCAACUUACCCAACCGCCCUUACAGCCUUCAACCAAACGGCAUGCGGCCCACUUUAGAUAGAUUGUCUUUGACCAACCCUACAAGCCAGCCAUACAACUAUGCUACAGGUAUGACGCAGCCCCUGGGUAACCCCUAUCCCAAGUCUCCAUCGCCAAGGAACCCGUAUGAAGACAGAGCGCCACCUCCAGACUGUUAUGACGACCAGCACAUGAGACCAACACAGCCCCCACCAGGACACAACGGCAUGAUGAGAGAAGGCAUGUCUGGGUAUCCUGCGCCCAGUUCACCUGCUCCCCUCUAUUCAGCACCAGAGUACAACCUCAGUUCCCAGUUUCCCAGAGCCCAGAUAGGGAGACACUACUGAGGACAAACAGGAGUGACCAUGGCCUGAAUUAGAACGCCACCAAUUUCACUAUCACAAUUCAAAAAAGUUCAACUCGUAUAUAAUUUAAAGUGAGUGGAAAAUGUAAACAUUCAAGGACUUUGUAAACUUUAAUUUAACGUACUAAAAAAUGUAUUGUGGCUGGCUGCUAAGUUUUAUGAGUAAUCCCCAUUGACUGAUUWUGAAAUUUGCUCAUAUUUUUGCAGUUUUAAGAUUUAUUGUUUGACAAUUUUGUAACUAAUAAAGGCUAUUAUUCCUAGAUUCAAUCCGUAGCGUGGAUCAACACUAAAGCGCGAUUGAAAUGUAAAGGCAAUGUUCCGAUGUUUCAAUUUCCGAUCGCUUUAACUCGGAUCUCCACACUACAGAUUGAGUAGUCAAUUCCAAUUUCAUUUGAAAUUCAAAUUCAAUUCUUGAAUUCACUCAUGAAGUGGAGAAUUUAAGUUAAAUUCAAUUCAAAUUUCAACAAUCUUCAWGUUUUGGAAUUGGAAUUAGACUGUGUUGAAUUGUUAAAAAAAAAAAAAAAUUAAAUGUAGUCUUUGGAAUUUCAUUUAAUUGGAAUUCAAUAUUGUACAUUUCCGAGUUAGUAUCAAAAUUGGACUGCAGGAUUUGUUUUAAAUCAUUUCAACUUAUAUUUYUAUAUUUACAGUAUAGCUACACUGUAUGAAUAGUGACAUAAUCAGCCUGAAGGAAUUAAAUUUGAAUUGGAAUAUA